UUCGGUCAAGUGACCGUUCCAGUAGCCGGUGUCACUUUGCUGUCAGUUGAGUUGUCAAAAAAAAAAAAAACUCCAAAAUUGUUUUUAUUGUGAUCUGCGGUAGUUCUGUAUUCUUUACUGGCUUCAAUCAUGAACGUAAUUUUAGAAAACGUUCGUCAUAGGCAAGCUACCAAAAAUACGAAGUACUAUUGUCUUUACAAUUAUUACGUGCUUGGGAUUAAACGAUCACACCUUGCCAUAAUAUACUGUAAAUCGAAGACGACCAUAAGUUCCUGGAUAGCUGAGUACGAGCGCAGUGGAGCCUUCGGAACAGGAUCUCGACAGGCUACGUUUCCUAAGUUUGACCAUAUGAAGCGAAAAUGGAUUACUGAUUUAUACGAAAAACUCCCAACGUUGUACCUGGACGAGGCAAAACAACGAUUCACUUCCCAUUUCGGUGUGCCUAUUAGUGUUUCCUCUAUAUGCAAAAUCCUACACGCUCAUGGAUUGUCCUGGAAGGUGCUGAAGCGCAGAGCAAUUCAGAUUCGGGAGAGUGAAGUCGUCAAGUAUAGCAGGGAACUGUGCUGUUUUCAGUGGGACCAUCCGCAACUCGUGUUCUUGGAUGAGGUGUCGUUUGACAAUCGGGAUAUGUGGAGAACCCGUGGGUAUGGACUGAUCGGUCAGAAAGUCGUCUAUAAAGGAGAAUUUAGACGACGUCCAAGAGUAUCCACCUUAUGCUUCCUGGGAUAUCAAGCAAUACUCGACUCAUUUGAAACGGAAGGCACAUUUACGAGGCAAAAGUUUUUUGACGCUUGUAGGAAAAUGGCUCUUACGAACGGAAACAUAAGGUCCUAUCCAGGCCAGUUUUCUGUUUGGAUAAUGGAUGGCGCUCGCAUCCAUUGCGAUAAGAAUAUAAUAAAAUAUCUGCGAUCUUUGGGAAUUAUUCCAAUUUUUUUACCACCCUAUUGCCCAUUUUACAACCCUGUAGAAAUAGUUUUUGGAUUAAUAAAGCGAUAUGUAAGGCGCCACUAUGAAGAGAAUAAAGACGUUCCAAUGUCCGUAAUUGUUGGAGCGGCACUCACAAAAUUCACCAGCUAUGAUUGCACAAAUCUGUUCCGUAAGUGCGGGUAUUUCCCAGGAGGAGUUUUCGAUCCAUCGGUAAACAAAUAGUAUGAAAAGUAAGAA